ACGAAGGCUGGAGAGGACCCAGGAAUCCAAACACUAAUAAUAGAAGAAACACAAAACAAGGGAGCAUUUUAGAAUUGAAAUAUGAAUUAAAAAGAAAUAAAUAAAUAUGACAAAAGAUAAAACACGUUUCAGAAAUAUACCUGGAAACACUCACUGCACAGUAGGGAAUUAUUUCAUAUGGAAACACUUUCUUCUGUGUUCCCUUCACAGUCAGCCGAUUUGUCAAAUAUACUGGAUAUGGCAAUGCUGCAGGGCUGUUGGCAGCUCGGGGACUGCUUAAUGGUAGAAUGAGUUCUAGUAACAGCCAGUACUCCAGCGACUCAGACUCAGACACAGAAGAGUACCGAGAGGCCAAAGCCAAGAUUAACCUGGUGACUGGCCGGGUAGAAGCAGACCAGCCUGAUCCAAUGGAGGGCAUGACGGACGAAGAGAAAGAAGAGGAGGCACGUCACCUCAUUAGUAUGAUCAACAGACUGUCACGUGACCAAAUCAUCCAGCCAAUGGGUGUGACAGCUGAGGGCAGACUGGCUCCACUUUGGGGCCAAAUGAGUGACUGCACGCUGGAAGAAGAGGAAGAGGAAGAAUUGAAUCUCAUGCCAGAGGGGGGCAAAGACAGUCAGAUGGAGUAGGAUGAUGGAAACAAAGAGCGAGGCAGAGAUGCUAACACACAUAUAUCCAGUGUUGGGAAGGUUACUUUUGAAAUGUACUCCACUACAGAUUACAGGAUACAUGCCCCAAAAUGUAGUUUGUAAUGUAUUCCAUUAAGUUACUCAAUGUGAGUAAUGUAUUCUAAGUACUCUGGAUUACAUAAUAUUAUCAUGCUUUUUACAACUACAUGAAUGUACUAUUACUGAAGGCUACUCGCCAAUGAGCUAACAUUGCUAUCUGGCGUUAGCUGAGGCUAGUUCAUAGACUGCAUUCAGAAGUGCACAUUUGCAGCUAGCAGGUUGCUAAUGCUAUCCA